GGGCCCAACUUCUACCAGAUGCUGGACGUCACGCGCGGCUCGUCGGCCGUCGACAUCAAGCGCGCGUACAAGCGCAUGAGCCUCGAGCUCCACCCCGACAAGAACCCGAGCCCGACGGCGAUCGACGACUUCGCGGCGCUCAAGAACGGCUACGACGUGCUCAUGGACAUGGAGACGCGCGAGAUCUACAACCGCUUCGGCGAGGACAAGGUCAAG